CCUACCUGGUUAGGUUAGGGUAAUACAAAUCAAUUAUUGUAAAAGUUUCUGGCGCGUCUUCUUUACAUCCAUGCAUGUACACUUGUCCUACCUCACUUAUUUGCCUUGUUCAAGCAUUUGCAAUUUUCUGUUUCUUCCACUUUUUUUCUCUUAUUUUCUCCCUGAUGCCACUUAAUUAUACCCCAGUGCCAUUCUUCAACUAAAUUCAACUUUAUCAACUUUAUUAGUUGACUCAAUGUCUAAAACUUGCUAGAGCCUUCAUCCUUUAUAGACAUAGCUCACAAACCCCCUCCACACUUCGGCGUGAGUUGACGAUACUCCAAGAAACUUCAAGAUGGGCUUUGAAGACUCAGGGGAACCUCCCGCCAAGAAGAGAAGAUUCUUUGCAGACCUAGAGGUAGAAAACAAUCUAGAUUUACAUUGCUUGCCGAAGAAUUUGUCCCUCACGGAGAAGACGGCCAACCAUGCCAGCCAUCACACCCCACUACCGAUCCCCUCUGGCACCCUCUCAACAGAGCCUACCUCUGAACCGGACCACACAACGAUCUUCGACGAGGAUACUUUUCAAACCAUAGUGGGAGACAAGGUCGAUUCAGAAGCCCUUGCCAUAAUCGGGAAUCGUUGUGGGGACGACCUCCAGCGGGCUGUGAAUAUGUAUUAUGAUGGUACCUGGAAGAGUUAUCGGACACCCAAAUGUCCCAAGAAUAUCGCUACGGUUUUCCCAACUCGCGUCUCCCCAUCUUCUGUUAACUCCAAAGAACUCGAUCCACUACCUUUGCGAUCUGCAUCCUCACACUCUAUGCCAGAAGUUCGAUAUAUCGGUGCUCUCGGCGUGGAGGGAUGGGCUACUCGAAGUGGAACAAAGCUUAUCAAUCAUGGAGAUGUUGUCAAGAUCGAACGCCAGAAGAUCAAUGCGGUUGCAGCUAGACGGGUUGACGUUAUCGUGCGAUUCACCGACGCUCGGGGGACGGAAAUUGGUCGAUUAGCCAAAGACACCGCGAAUUGGGUUUCUUCGCUUAUGGAUCAAAAUGUUUGCACAUUCGAGGGUAGCUGCGUGUACGCGCCCGAAAGGCUGCGGACAAACGACACUAUAUUCUUGCAGUUACGCUGUUUCUUAAUGAGAUCUGCUUUCCAGAACAACGGGCUUCAAUUAUCAAAUAACCGUUCAACUGGCCAUUUUGAGGAGAAGGAAACUACUGAGGAGCGAGGCUUGCGCUUGCGACAGGCGUCUCUCGUACGAUUGUUUCAAGAGAUCAACCUCACGCCUUCAACAGGCAACGCGGCAGCUGCCAGGAACGCCAGACAGGGUCUUCUUAAUGCCGUUGAGAUGACUGACAAGAAGAAUGACGGCACAAAGUCUAGCACUCCUGGUUCAUCGCCCCCAUUGGAAGAUGCUGAAGAUGGUCAGGAACUUGAGCAAGGUCAGCUGGAUGCGCUUUAUCGGAAAGCUCAAUCAUUUGACUUUGAUACGCCGGAGGCUGAACCCGCCGAAACAUUCAACAUGACCCUUCGCCCAUACCAAAAGCAGUCAUUGCAUUGGAUGCUAGCGAAAGAAAAAGAUCGGAAGAAUGAUGCUCGUGAAGCCUCGAUGCACCCUCUCUGGGAAGAAUAUAUUUGGCCCACAAAGGAUGCCGAUGAUAAGGACAUAUCUCAGGUUGACGGUCAGCCUAGCUUUUAUAUGAACCCGUAUUCUGGUGAGAUGUCAUUAGACUUUCCUGUGCAGGAGCAGCAUUGCCUUGGCGGCAUACUCGCCGACGAGAUGGGUCUUGGUAAGACUAUACAAAUGUUGAGUCUUAUUCACACCCAUAAAUCCGAGGCAGUAGUUCAACGUCUAGGUACAUCUCUCAGCUCUAAACAUGAGCUACGGAAGUCUUCCGCCUGGUCUGGUGUUGUUCCCGCGCCUAAGACAACUCUAGUGGUCGCACCAAUGUCAUUACUUGCGCAGUGGCAAAGUGAAGCUGAACAUGCUUCUAAGGAGGGUACACUGAAGUCUAUCGUCUAUUACGGCAACGAUAAAACCAAUAACCUCCAAGCAUUAUGUUGUGAUGCUAAUCUUGCCUCUGCCCCUGAUAUGGUUAUCACGAGCUAUGGGGUAGUGCUCUCUGAGUUUACUCAGAUUGCUUCUGUAAACGGUUAUAAGUAUGCACACAAUGGUCUAUUCUCAUUAGAUUUCUUUCGAAUUAUCCUUGACGAAGCACAUAAUAUUAAAAAUCGGCAGUCGAAAACUGCUAAAGCUUGCUACGACCUAUCGGCUACCCAUCGCUGGGUUCUAACUGGAACUCCUAUCGUAAAUCGCCUGGAAGAUCUUUUCAGUUUGGUCAGGUUCCUUAGGGUUGAACCUUGGAACAACUUUUCCUUCUGGCGAACCUUCAUUACUGUUCCAUUUGAGUCCAAAGACUUCAUGCGCGCUCUAGACGUGGUACAGACCGUAUUAGAGCCUUUGGUCAUGAGAAGGACAAAAGAUAUGAAAACACCCGAUGGGAAACUCCUCGUUCCUUUACCUCCAAAAUCCGUUGAAGUUGUUGAAGUCGAACUAUCGCGGGCAGAGCGAGAUGUUUACGAUUAUAUCUUCAAUAGGGCAAAGCGGACAUUUUCUGCCAAUGUUGAGAAAGGAACUGUCAUGAAGGCUUUCACUACUAUUUUCGCUCAGAUUCUCCGUCUCCGUCAGUCUUGUUGCCACCCAAUCCUGGUUAGGAACCAGGAUAUCGUAGCAGACGAGGAGAUCGCCGGUGCAGAAGCAGAUGCGGCUGUUGGAUUUAGCGACGAUAUGGACCUUCAGUCUUUAAUCGAACGAUUCACCGCGACAACUGGGGACGAGAAAGAUGCCAAUGUCUUCGGUGCUCAUGUUCUCCAGCAAAUUCGAGACGAAGCUGUUAACGAAUGCCCUAUCUGUACCGAGGAGCCAAUGCUUAACCAGACGGUCACUGGUUGCUGGCACUCUGCUUGCAAGAAAUGUCUUUUAGAUUAUAUAAAGCAUAGCACGGAUCAUCAUCAGAUACCGAGAUGCUUCAAUUGCCGCGAGCCUAUCAACGGUCGCGACUUAUUCGAAGUAGUCCGACACGACGACGACCCGGAUGUUGUUCAAACUUCGUCGAAGAUCAGUCUUCAGCGUAUAGGUUCUAACGAGUCUUCAGCAAAAGUCGUUGCGUUGAUGGACCACCUACGAAAUCUGCGUAGGCAACACCCCCGAAUCAAGUCGGUGGUAUUCAGCCAGUUCACUUCAUUUAUGUCGCUUAUCGAGCCUGCACUUACGAAAGCCAACAUGCAUUUCCUGCGUCUCGACGGCUCCACUAAUCAGAAAGCUCGCUCCGCCAUACUUAGUCAAUUCAAAGACUCGAACAAAUUCACCAUCUUAUUGUUAAGUCUACGAGCCGGUGGCGUAGGCCUGAACCUAACGCAGGCCAAUCGUGUCUUCAUGAUGGAUCCUUGGUGGAGCUUCGCUGUUGAGGCUCAGGCCAUUGACCGUGUGCACAGGAUGGGCCAGGAAGAGGAGGUCAAAGUUUACCGGUUCAUUGUUAAGGAUAGCGUGGAGGAAAGGAUGCUGAAGGUCCAGGACCGAAAAAAGUUCAUGUAAGUGCUAUCCCUCGGCUUUUUCUGCUUUGUUGCUCAACUAACGCGUCGCCCCGCAGUGCCACUUCAUUGGGCAUGAUGACGGAUGAAGAGAAGAGGCUCCAAAGAGUCGAGGACAUUAAGGAGUUGCUGAGCUGAGUGGGCUGAUCUUGACUGGCCACUAAAAAAGGACGAGCUGUGUUGAUUGUUUGUUGCUAUUUAGAUGGAUAUACCCUCUUCAUGGGAAAGGGGGUGAGUGGGAGGGCGUCUGCUUUGGAAGUAACGCCUAAGAUACUGGGAUUCACGACGGUGGGUGUAGAAUACUCGGGCGGCGCCUUAUAGAAUCAUUGUCAUGAACUGCUCAAAAAUCAAUCUAAGAGUAUGGGGGGGUACGGUAUUAGAAUUAGGUAGGGUAGCUGGGAUACCUCUGUAUGAAGGGACAGGAGGUCUCAUAAGAGAAUAGGUGCCUAUAUAUAUUGAUUGCCCUUGCUCUUCUUAUGAGAGGUGGUCGAAGAACAAAAGAUGAGAUUAGCCACCCGCGCAUCUGUAGGCGAGUGACGAGCACCUUGAGAGCAGAAGUUGCUGUCCUUACAAGUAUCCUAGC